AUGUCUUUAAGUGGGAAAGUAGAGAGUGAAACAGAGAUUGAAGCAACUGCUGCUAAGUUCUUCCAUAUUUUUAGAAAGCAACUUGAACAUGUUCCUAAUAUGUCCCCAGAAGUACAUGAAAAUAGUGUGCAUGAAGGUGACUGGGAAAAUAUUGGUUCUGUUAAGGACUGGAAAUAUACAAUAGAAGGAAGAAAACAUACUACAAAAGAAAAAAUUGAAUCUAUAGAUGAUGAAAAUAAGAUAAUCACAUAUAAUGUCUACGACGGGGAUGCGACUGAUAGUUACAAGAGUUUUAAGGUAACAUUACAAGUGAUUGAUAAGGAACAUGGUGGGGUUGUAAAAUGGAGUAUUGAGUAUGAGAAACUGAAGGAGGAUAUUACAGCUGCAUCUCCUGAUUCAUAUUUGGUCUUGUUUGCAAAGGUCACAAAAGAUAUUGAUGCUCAUCUUGUCAAGGAAUAA